UUGCCUCGAUUGCUCGAGCCUCGUUGACUCGAAUGAAUGGCUUUCAGGCCAUCGACGGAAACGCCCGAACUCUGACGGAAAAUCACGAGACUGCUCUCCGGCUACACCGACCGCCCGAACACCGCCGACCGACCGAUUCGAUUUUACCGCAUCUUUAUUCGUCACACCUUCCUGCCCAACACCCGGCCGGCCACCUAUCCGAUCAUCCGGAUAUCAUUUGCCCACUGACGUCAACUUCCGGAUCCGCACGGAGAUGUCGCGAGUUUCACGGAACGGAGAAUGUUAGAGAUGUAUGCGCAGGGGAUGAAGAAGACGAACCAUGCGUGAUCGCGAUGGAGGAAGCAGACUCGUCCAUCAACGGUUUCGUUAACGACGCCGUCUCGUCCGCUGAGCGAGACUUUGGCAAGGGUAUUAUUAAGGUCGACGUUUCAACCGUCGAGGUCGACAGGGUGUACGAAGAUGAGAGCUACGACACAGCCUGCGCCGUCCUUUACCGAGGCGUCAGUUUGAUCCUGGACAUGACUUGGACCGGUUGGAACAGGAUUCGCGAAAUAGCCGCGGAUUCGGCGGUAGCUUACGUGCGAGGAGACGCUGUCCUGACGCCCUUCGUCCAGGCGAUGGACGACCUCCUGGUGGCGAAGAACGCGACCGACGCUGCGUUGAUAUUCGAAACUGAAAAAGAACUAAACCAGACCCUUUACUACCUCAUCGGGUACUCCAUCAUUCGAGUCGUAGUUUUGGACGAGCUUAACGAAGCCUCGACGAUGAAGGUCAGAGCCAUGCGACCCUCUCCUACCUACUACGUCAUCUACGCGACGUCCGCGAACAUGGAGACGUUGUUCAAGGCGGCAAUCGAUGGCGGAUUGGUGAGAAGAGACGGUACUUGGAACCUUGUAUUCACCGACUACAAUUACCAAGAUUUCCGAUACAUCGCCGGCGAUUUGGAAUUGAACGUUUCCAUCAAUAUCCUGACAAUGAAGAACGAGGUCUGCUGUAGAUUGAUCGGAGAGUCACCAUGCACCUGCCCGAAUGACUUUCAGACAUUUCCGCGGUACUUUAAACGCUUGAUCGGUUUGUUGAUCAGCGUGAUGAGCGAGGUUCAAAAAUCGGGGGUCACAGUUGAGCCGAAGGUAAUUAAUUGCAAGAAUAAGGAAGACGUCUUGACGGAUAACACGACCGUCGAAGCCUUCAAAAAGAAUUUAUUAACGAAACUGAGCACCAAUCACACCUUCGAAUACCUGCCCGAUCGGAAUUUGAUAACUUAUCGGGCGGAGAUCGAGCUGAAAACACUGACUCAGGGUCGCCUGCAGAAGGUCGGCGAAUGGAACAGGCAGCACAAAAUAACGACUGAUAAGGGAAUGGAAAUCACACCUGCGAGGAGAUUUUUUCGCAUCGGUACUGCGCAGAUGAUACCUUGGUCUUAUGUGAAAAAUAACGAGGAAUCCCAGCAGCCGGUCUUGGACGAUGAAGGCAAGGAGGUGUGGGAAGGAUACUGCAUCGAUUUGAUGAAGAAACUCGCGGAGACGAUGGACUUUGAUUACGAAUUGGUGAUACCGUCGAGCGGAGGUUUCGGGGAGAGAUUACCGAACGGCAAAUGGACAGGGAUAGUUGGAGAUUUGCUUCGCGGGGAAAUCGACAUCGCUGUAGCGCCGCUCACGAUGACGUCGGAAAGGGAGGAAGUAAUAGAUUUCGUAGCGCCUUAUUACGAACAGUCGGGAAUCCUAAUCGCUAUUCGGAAACCAGUGAGGAAGACCUCGUUGUUCAAAUUCAUGACCGUAUUAAGACUCGAGGUUUGGCUCAGCAUCGUCGGGGCUUUGACUGUGACCGGGAUAAUGAUUUGGCUGCUGGACAAGUACUCGCCUUACAGCGCGCGCAAUAAUAAAAAUCUCUACCCUUAUCCGUGCAGGGAAUUCACCCUGAAGGAGAGCUUCUGGUUCGCCUUAACGUCAUUCACACCUCAAGGCGGAGGCGAAGCUCCGAAAGCUCUUUCUGGCAGAACUUUGGUCGCCGCUUAUUGGCUAUUCGUCGUUCUCAUGCUCGCUACAUUCACAGCGAAUUUGGCCGCCUUUUUGACCGUCGAAAGAAUGCAGUCCCCGGUGCAGUCGUUGGAGCAGCUGGCUCGACAGUCCCGUAUAAAUUACACUGUGCUUGCAAAUUCGCACGUUCAUCAGUACUUCAUAAACAUGAAAAACGCCGAGGACAAAUUGUACACAGUAUGGAAGGAGAUAACGCUAAACAGUACCAGCGAACAGGUGGAAUACAGAGUAUGGGAUUACCCGAUAAAGGAACAAUACGGCCAUAUAUUACAGGCCAUCACACAGGCUGGCCCAGUCGAAAGCGCUCGUGCCGGAUUUCAGAAGGUAAUCGACAGUGAAAAUGCGGAAUUUGCUUUCAUCCACGAUUCGGGUGAGAUUAAAUACGAGGUUACGAAAAACUGCAACUUGACCGAAGUUGGGGAAGUUUUUGCCGAGCAGCCAUACGCGAUAGCUGUUCAGCAGGGAAGUCAUCUUCAGGAAGAGAUUAGCAAAAGAAUACUAGACCUACAAAAAGACAGAUACUUCGAGACGUUGUCAUCGAAAUAUUGGAAUCAGUCUCUCCGAGAAUCCUGUCCGAAUUCCGACGACAGCGAGGGAAUAACGUUAGAGAGUUUGGGCGGAGUGUUCAUAGCUACUCUAUUCGGCUUGGCCUUGGCGAUGAUCACUCUAGCCGGUGAGGUGAUUUUCUACCGUAAGCGAAAACAGAAAUCGGAGCACCGAGAGUACCAGGGUGGCGAAGAGCCCGAGAAGUAUUACGAGAAGAAGCAGAGCUACGAUUACGUCCCUGAGUACAAGGUAGCGGGAGACGGACCGUCGGUCGAGCAUGUCAAGUCCGAGUCCGAGAAAAUAGCGGAGGAGAUAAAGGGGACCGAUGGUUGUAGGAAGGUCGAGAAAGACUCGAUGACGUGCACGGUGUGCAAGGACCCGAAAACCGGCGGUGACUUCGAACAGUGCUCGUACACUUACCAGCCGAACGACAAAGUCUUCUCGUUCAGCAGCGCCAAGUCCUUCGGAUCGCCGGAUCCGGCGGAGAAGAAGAGCCAGGACUACGGAUCCUCCGGGUCCUCGUCGUACGGCGAUGACCGCGGGAGCUACGGCGAUGCUUCGGACAACAAGCCGCACGUGACAAGCGGCGAGACGCAGAGCAAGGAAGUCGCCGAAUCAAGCGGCGAGGCUGGUGUUCAGAACCCCGUCAACGUCGACGUUCAAUUCUUUAGCACAAAGGAGAAGAAGAAGGAGAUAGCCAAGGUGCUCAGCGACUUCCAACAGGAGGACAGGUCCAAGUGCAAGAAGGUGAUUCGUGACAAACUCACCUGCUACCAGUGCGCCGAUGACGACGGUAUGCAGAAGGAGGAGUGCAUCUUCGUCGCUGAACAGGAACCCGCCAAGGACCGGGUCGCCUAUCACGAAGUCAAGGAGUACCAGCUCGACCCCGCACCCGCCGCAGCUUCCGUCAGUCUACCCGAAGAGUAUCGCGUGAUCAAGUCGAGCAGCAACGGUUCGCCGCUUGCCCCGAAGAAGAGGAAGACCAGGAAAACUCGUCCCGUCAAGUACUUAUACCUCGACGAUGCCGCUUCUUCGGCCACGGAAAACGAGGAACAGCAGAGCGAUCCCAGGGGAGAGGUCUUCGAGGAUCCGACCGAGGUGCAGGAAAACGAGGAGCAGAAGACCGUCCCGUACGACAUUGACGAGGAGACUAAACCCGUCUUCGACAAAGCCCUGGGCAUGACUUUGCCCCGCUAUAUGUUGACCACUUCCGAACACGAGGCGGAAUUCGACAAGGUUGUCGCAUCCGGUUAAAAAUUGCACAUUAUUGCGACGAUGAACUUGUUAGAUUAUAAAAUGUGAUUCACGCUGAGUGUAUUUGUACUUUGUUUUAAUUUUUUUUUUUCUUGUCCAACGUAACGCAAUUCUCUCCCAUAUAAGUGGUGAUUUUAUUUGAGGAUCGAUUUAACGUGAGAGAUCGUCGUGAAAAUUUAAUCAACGUGCCUAUGCUUGUUACGAAUAUCGCUGCAGGCUACAGCAAUAAAAUUGCAAAUUAUUUUUCAAUUUAUUGAAUAAAUGAAUGUAAUAAAAUUUUACGAGCUUCGCACGUAUGGAGCAUAAAUAUCGUUUUGAAAAAACUUGGAUGAAAUAGUCGAGUUUCGAUUUACUCAAGAAAAUUUCAUCUGCUUAACAUAUUAUUUACCCAUACAGAUAAGAAGAGAAGGGAAUUAAUUGUUCAAGCCCGAUCCAUUCAUGCACCAUUGUUAUUUAGUUUGUAAGAUGUUACAUUAUCGAUAUAAUUGUUAUUCGGUUUGUAAUCAAGUAUAUUUUCCCACAACUUUGUAGAAUAUAUACGAAAUAGUGACGAAUUGGCAUACCAGAUAAUUACCGUAAUUGGGUUAAACGUAAAUAGUUACAAAUGGAAAGAAUUUCGUUUAAUUAAAGUACACGAAAAAACAACUCAAAUGUCGACGAAAAAUGUUCAACAAUCCAAACACAGAAGCCUCUUUUCGAACAUCAUUCGCAUUUACAACAAUUAUGUGCUUUAAUUUUUUCAAAGCUACGACAGAAAAUUCAUCAGAAUAUUUUGAAUCUCAACGAUUAUUAAUGCAGCUGUAAGCAGAUGCCUAAAACUAUACGUAUAAGGUUUGCAUUACUCAAAUCUUUUAGUUACGAGGUGAAUUAUGUGCAAUAGAUUUUCACUCAAUUCUGUAACACACCGAAUGAAAUACGUGGUUCAACG